CGCGCGGAGGGACGGACGGACGCUGGGAUGGGGGGGAGAAGUUUGCCUGCGGCGCGCUUCGCUCAACAUUAAACUGUGUUUCAUUUCAGGGGUGGAAACAGCAACAAGAGGAGCCCUGCGGGGGGAAAAAAAAGAAGAAGCUUUUAUUCCAGGGAAUGCUGAGGGACUAUCCGACAGCUGAGACCAACACGCCACUCGCAGCUGACCCCAUCCCCUUUUCUUCACUCCUUUGAUUAAAUACAAAACAAGACAAAAAAAAAAAGUAUUAAUGUCGCCGAACUAAAAGGGAAGAGGCUCGGGUCCAGUCGGAGGGUGCUUUUUAAUUUAAUUUGCGGAGGAGGAAGAAGAAGCAGCAGGACAAAGCGAAACAAGAGGAAGACGACCUUCCCCCGAGCGAGGAAAAAAGAUGAAUAGCAACAAAAUAGAGAAGGAGAACGAGCAGAGUGAAUUCAGCAACCACGAAGAGGAGGUCCGAACACUAUUUGUCAGUGGGCUACCGCUGGAUAUCAAACCACGGGAGCUGUAUCUCCUCUUCAGACCAUUUAAGGGCUACGAAGGAUCCUUGAUAAAACUUACUUCCAAGCAGCCGGUGGGGUUUGUCAGCUUUGACAGCCGAUCAGAGGCGGAGGCUGCUAAGAAUGCCUUGAACGGGGUGCGUUUUGAUCCAGAGAUUCCCCAAACUCUGCGGCUGGAGUUCGCCAAGGCCAACACCAAGAUGGCCAAGAACAAGCUGGUCGGCACGCCCAACCCCCCUCCGUCCCAACAGAGCCCCGGGCCACAGUUCAUUAGCAGAGACCCAUAUUCGUUGGCUCCCACCUGCAGAUGGAACUCCUCAGGGAUGGAAGUCCAGACAGUUCUGCUGAAGUAUGUGCAGCAGCAGCCUUACGGGCUUCAGGACAUACUAGACCCCAGCCUCCAUCGCACAUCAAGCCCCCAUCCCUACCCCCUUCUCGGAGUCUUUGCAACUCUAUUUGUUUUUUUUUUUUGUUGUUUUUUUAAUACUGUUACAUACCCGAGCUUUACGAGCAGCACUUUGGCUACACCUCCUCAGACACGUACGGUGGGAAUCGACCCGUGUUUGCCGACGGCGUUAAGCACAGGCGAACAUACGGAAGGACCGCUGGAAGGAGAUCUACGGAAGUGUGGCUAAAGUGCCAACGAGUAACGUUGUUAUAAUACUAGAAUUAUUACUAUUCUCUAUAUCAUUCAUAUCAAUGUUAUUAUAAUGAAUACAUGUCGAAGCAUGACUUUGCAAAAAAGUAAAAGAAAAGAAAAAAAUACAACAAUGCUGUACAUUUUUAGAUAUUUUCAAGAAAUACAAAAAAGUAUUUUUGUAAUCAAGACAAGGUUGAAAUGUUUUGAUCGGUUCAUGUUGUGUAUGAGAAAUUGUCAUACCUUUUAUUUUAUUUUAUGUGUUGCGCCAUUCAUAAAAUAACAAAUCGCCCUUCCGGCAGUCAGAUCAGUUUGCACCCGUGUCUUGCCUACGCCAAUCUGUGGAUCUUGGUUCGCUCUCUCUUUUUUCGCUCUUCUUCAUUUCAUUACGCUGAGCUUAAUCGGAAGUCGUUUUUCUGCCCUGUAGGCUGUCAUAAUCAGAUGUGCUAGAAGAGGCAUCGACAGGAUUAAAGCCAUCGCCGGUGAAAGGAAAAAGUGACCCCAGAGAUGGCGGCGAGUAGCAAACUCGACUCCACUAUUAUUAGAAACCUGCGCCUUCGUUUUGUAGCACAGGGGACAGUUAAGUACAGAGAAACAAAAGACCAAAGGCAUUUUUUGUGGAGUUUUUUUUUUAUAUAUAUAUAUAUAUAUAUAUAUACUGGUGUGCUAUUUAGAAUUCAAUUUCUGACUGCUUUGUAGUCCUCUUGCUGAUUUUCUUAUGAAGUACGACAUCGUUUUUGUUCCGCGUGUCCCUCUUGGUGUCACUCCAAAGAGUCCUUCAGCAUCUGAAAGAAUUCUCACUUUAAGCGAUUUGUCUCGUUCGUCUAUUUUUAGGAAGCCUGCCUGAUUCGACGUGCUUUUGUCGAGUUUGAAUUUGCAUAUUAAUGAUCGAGGUGGGGGUAAAGGAAAAAAAAAAUAUAUUAAUCGUUUCUAAUCUGGUGUCUUUCUGCAAUAACGUCUGCUGUACAACAUAUCAUGGACCGAUCAUGUUUCUGUGACGUUUUUCAUGGCAAAAAUAAUCAACCCCGUCCCGUUUGUGCAGAAAUCAAACUCUUGUACUCGACUCUGGUAAUUUUCUGAUGAGGUCACAUAUCGUUUGGACGUGGCGAUAAGGACACAACACUGAAAUGCUGUAAGAAAUAGACAAAAGUCCCUGUAAUCUUUUAACCCAGAUGUGUAAAACCAUAUUGGGCUAGUUUACUCGUGUACGUCUGUCAGUGUUUCUUCAUGCUGAAUAAUAAUAUGCAUCAUAUAAAGGUGGACCAUAUCACCUGAGUACAUGAAGAGGUAUUUUGUUUUCCUUCCUUUUACAAUUUUAAACCAAGUGUGGAGCCAAAUUUAUUAGAACAAGUAUUUAUAUACAAACAAAAAGUGUGAGUGUGUGUGUGUGUUUUUCUUUCAAAGAUCAUAGAAGAUGCCUGAUGUAUAAUUCACUGUAAGUAUUACUGUAAGUUCAAUUGUAUAAUCAUUUGAUAAUUUUUCUAGAGCUUCUUUUGGUUCGUGACUGUCCGAUUGGAACGGUCCGUGUUUGAUAUGUGAAAACUGCUAUAAUUCACUGUGAAAGUCGGAGAGCAAGUAGAUCUUUUUAUGUUUUUUUUUUUUCCCCAGCCUUAUGGUACAAAAAUUCCUGGAAGUGGAGGAGACGAUCGCUCUGUUUGUUAAUGAAAGAUAUGCCCUUGCUUGGUUCAGUGUGUAACUGUGUGUUGUGCAUGUUCACGGCAUGUGUUUGUUCCUUUUUCUUAAUACAUACAGUGCUGUUGAUAUUUAUGUACUUUAGCCGCUGUGAGGAGGGUAUCGACCUCAGUGGGUUGCAGAUAUUUGUUGGUUUGAAACAAAAAAAAAAAAAAAAAAGAGGUGAAAAUGGAGCUGUUUUUAUGAAUAUGUUAAAUGAAGACAUUUCGGUCCAUCUGCCAUUAAAGAUUGACAUUAAAGCUU